AUGCGGGCCAAAUUCAAAUAUCCAACCAGAAAUACUGCGUCCUCACCCUCUUUCCACAGAUGCAAAUCUUUCUCUUUUCUACAAGAUUAUUUCAUCAAUGUAGUCACUUUUUUAUCUAUCUAUCUAUCUAUCUAUCUAUCUAUCUAUCUAUCUAUCUAUCUAUCUAUCUCACUGUAUCUAUCUAUCUAUCUAUCUCUAUCUAUCUAUCUAUCUAUCUAUCUAUCUAUCUAUCUAUCUAUCUCUCUAUAUAUAUAUAAUAAAAAGGCUAAUUCUAUCUCUAUACAUUUCUAUUCAUUUAUUUAUCUAUCUAUCUAUCUAUCUAUCUAUCUGUCUGUCUAUCUCACCCUAUUUUUAAUAUUCUAUCUCAGAGUUCGACAGGUGCUUCUCCUUGCUCAAAUCUCCAUUGUAUCUCUUACAUUUAUUUCUGAUCAUACGCUGAUAGCAGUCUCACGUUCAGAUCUAUCUAUCCUAUCUAUCCAUAUCUGCUUAUAUAUUUUCAUCCUUUUCAAUCUCUUUCUGCCCCUAUCUAUCUAUCUAUCUAUCUAUCUAUCUAUCUAUCUAUAUAUAUAUAUAUAUAUAUAUAUAUUAAUUCUUAUCUAUCUAUCUAUCUAG